GAAUUUUCAAGUUGGAUAUGUUUUCAUGCGCGACGAGUGCACGGCUAGCUAUCGGUGGGUGUUGUAGAGAUUAAGGGAGUUGAUUGGGUUUGAUAAAGAGCCAUCUGUAUUUAUUUCAGACCGUGAUCUUGGGCUAUGUGCGGCUUUGAGAGAAGUCUUUCCAGGGACGUCACAUUUACUCUGUCUAUGGCACAUCAACAGAGAUGUGGAGGCUAAGAUGACGAAGAUGUUUGGAAACAAGACGGUUGGUGUCAGUUUUAGAGCUGGGAGAUGGUUCAAAAUCGUGAAUGCAACAACACAGGCGGAGUAUGAUCGUGCUCUAACUGCCAUACAAGUGAGGUGGGGAAAAUAUCCGGAAGUGAUUCAUUAUGUUCAGAGAACUUGGCUUUGUCAUAAGGAGAAAUUUGUGAAAUUUUGGACGAACCAGGUUCUUCAUUUUGGUAACACCACCAACUGCAGAGUUGAGAGCCAACAUUCAGCAGUGAAAACUUGGUUAGAAUCAUCCACAGGUGCUUUGGAUACCGUAUGGGCCCGAUUCCAUUGUCAUAUCGGUAAUUGCAUCAUACAAAUUCGUAAUGACUUGGAGGCAUCAAGUUCUAAAAUUGGUCAGAUGUACAGACAGUUGCCACUGUCACGUAUAAAUGGCAAAGUGUCUCAACAUUGCUUGAAAGUUCUGGAUAACGAGACGAAAAGGAUGCGGGAUUUGAGUUACCAGGUCCAUGAACGGUGUGGAUGUGCUAUGCGUCUGACCCAUGGUCUUCCAUGUGCUUGCCAGAUACAUGAUUCCAUAGUUGCACAGACAAGAUUUUAUAGCAGCCAAAUUCAUUCUUUCUGGAAGAUACUGGUUAUUGGUGAUGGUGUUAACAUUCCUGAAGUGGUAAAUGAUUCGACCGAGGAGGCUGCACAUUUUCGGUCCCUAAUCGACGAAGUCAUGGAAAGUGACCCGGCCGUACGUCGAAAUGUAACGCGAAUCAUUGAAGAGGAGCUACAUCCAGAUCAUUCACACCUUGAAGAACCACAUAUCAACCUUAACACUCGUGGUCGGCCGAAAAGAAAUAACACCAGGCGUGAUCGUAGCUAUUUCGAGCAUGUGAACCGUCAACACACUCAACGUGGUUGUGACCCAGAACCAGAUCCAAGUGACAUUAGUCAAUGCAGGUAUUUGAACUUGCUUCCAGCCCCAAUGUUGCCGUACAUUUCGUCUUAG